AUGGCCGACGACGACCCCAAUCUUUCCCUCCCAACUUCGGACGGAGGAGGCCUCGGCUUCCCCUCCCACUUCUACCCCUUCGCGACCUCCCCAGAUAUUAUCCGUUCGCAUGAGAAAGAUGCCUAUAUGACAGCAGGACUCGUCCAACAAACUCAAACAAUCAUCCGUUCUUUAAAAGGCGCCCGCUUCGUCCACGCCUACUCCGACGCCAUCAAGAAUCUCACUGAACUUCUCUACUUCUCCCUCACCACCGCAAUCGGAAACCGCACUCUCGGCGAAGAAUACUGCGACCUUGUUCAGCUGGAAGAUGAUUCCCUCCGCCUGCCCGCUAUCACUCGCCGCGUCGGAUAUAUCCUCAGCAGCAUCCUGUUACCAUGGUGGCUGCAGCGGCUUCUCCCCGCACUCCGACAGCGCGUGCGAAAUAAGCUGGAGCGGAGCAUUGCGCGACAACAGUUCCGGGCGGCACAGCAGCAAAUCCCUGGACUGUCGAAACCGACCAACUCCAAUAAUAAUAGUAAAGUGUCGAAGCCGUUCUUCACGAAGUUGCGCAUUCAGCAGUACAUCCUUGAUCAUCUCGACUCGAUGACUUCACUCUCACCUAUCUAUGCGCUCAGUAUUGCGACUUUCUAUUUUACGGGCUCGUAUUAUCAUCUUUCGAAACGGAUCUGGCGUUUGCGCUACGUUUUUACCAAGAAGAUUGAUGAGAGUGAGCAGCGCAUUGGGUAUGAAGUGCUGGGUGUAUUGAUGGUUCUUCAGGCCGCUGUGCAGAGUUUCCUGCACGUGCGCAAGAUAGGCGAGAGCAUGAACAAUGCUGAAACUGAGAAUUCUGGGACAGAGGCUGCGUCGUCUCAGGGCGGAGCUGUUAUUGCUUCGAUUCAAAACCCCGCUUCUGUGCCAUUGCUGUCUGCUUCAUCUCCUCGAUAUGACCUUGAAGAGGACCCCUGCGCGGUUGCCUGGAUCCCGGAUGGACAGCAGCGGAAGUGCACGUUGUGCUUGGAGGUGUUGAAAGACCCGAGCGUAACGACUUGUGGUCAUGUAUUUUGUUGGAUAUGUGUCAGGGAUUGGGUGCGCGAAAAGCCGGAGUGUCCACUUUGUCGGCAGGAGGUGCUGCUAUCAAAGGUUCUUCCUCUGAGAGGAUGA